AUGGCUGCUGACGCUACGGUACACGACUCCCUUUGCUUCUUCCUUCGCUGCCUUUGGCUUGACGAGUGGAUUCAAGAACAUUACCCCUAUUUCAAGACGGCAGGCAACGGCUGGAAGAAUUCGGUUCGCCACAAUCUGUCGUUGAACAAAAUCUUUUGCAAGCUACCCCGCGAUCCAGACAACCCCGGCAAGGGCUCAUAUUGGACCGUCGACGAAGGCCGAGCGGAUGAUGAUGACGCUGCCUCGGAAAAGCCACGGCGCAAGAAAUCUCAGUCGGAUCCGCCCAGCAAGCGUGAGAAGCGACACUCAGCGACGCUCAGUGAAGUGUCCUCCAUUGAUACGCGUUCAUCUUUCCCCGAUGAGCUCGUGGUGCGCCCAGAGAUGUCAUCCACCACAAGCGCGCUCCUGGACGUGACGAUUCACGCGCCGGGGGAAGACUUGCAGCGGCACAUCGAGGCAGCUGGCCUCACCCUGGCCGAGCCUGGGAUGCCUUCGCUGGAUAAUCUCCACGCCUACCAGAAUUUGAACGAUUCCUUUAGUCGAGUGUACAACUCCCUGCGGGACCCACGUGCCUCAAUGAACGAAGCGCCAGCGCUACCUUCCUCCGUCAUUCCCGAACCCAUGCCCAACCUCUUUGCCUCCUUGGACAAGAGCCUGGUGACCUUUAGCACCAUCAAAUCCGUCCUUGCGACGGUUGACGGCAACGAUUCACUCAAGGCGUCGGUGUCUGCCGAGUCGUUGCGGCGUACGCGUGAGCUGGCUGCUACAGUGGAGCAGGAGUCUGCACAAAACAACAAUUGGCUAGCCUCGCAGCACUUCAAGGACUUGGCUGCAUCCUUUGUUGAUCUGCUUGGCCAUCAGCAAAACCUGUUGGCCAGUGUGGAUCUCAAAUCCCUCCCCAUGCACACUUUGAUGGCACCAGCUGAAGUCAGCGCAGGUCUAGGUGCCACAGGCACCGGCCUACCGCCCCGUGAAGAAGAGGAGGAAGAAGCAGAAGAGUUUGACUGGAAUACAAUCCUGUAG